ACAGAGCAGCCGGCGGCCCGAACGGUCUUCCCUCGUGGCCGAUCGCCGCGCGCUCAGUGUACACGGCACAAAAAUAAGUCUGCGCCUGCGCACUUCAACCCAUUUAUAAUUAUUAGUAAAUCGCCGAACGGGCGUACGACUGCCGCGCUUUGCUAUCGCUCGCAAAUCUUAAAAUUCAUACUAUCCGUAACCGAAAUAUAUCUUUUAUCACGAGUGAUAUUGUGAUAUUAAACCCGUAACAUUUAUCUUGUAUUAAACCAUUAAUACCAUCAAUUUAGUCACAGUGCUAGAGCCCGGUGUCGCGAACUAUUUACAAUACGAUUCAGUGCUUGUGUGUAUGCGUUGUUUACUGCCCUUUGCUUAUCAGUGAUAAAAGUGCAAGUGUUUAGUUUUCAUUAGGAUGCCGGAUAAACCAAAGAGACGUAAGAAUAAUAAAAAUAAGAGAAGAAAUAAAAAUCAAAAUCAACCUAACAAUAAUGUACAAGUAGUUUCUACUAAUGAAUCAGAGAAGGUUGAUGAUAGUCCACCGAGUCCAAGUCAGUGUGAUGUGAGCUCUAAAACAUCAGAAAUAAUAUCGAAUAAAUAUUCGGAGAUAGCUGAUGAAAAUAUUACUACUAAUGAACCACAGAAACUAUUAUCAAGCGUGCUUGUCUCAGACACAGAAGCAAUAAAACGUAGUGAAACUGAUGAUUUAGAUCAAGAAAAAGUGGAUAGUGCUAUAAAAAGUGAAAUUAAGGAUGAAGUCAUAUCUGUAACUGAAAAAUAUAAAGUAGAAUCUCCUGAAAAGACAAUAAAAAUAAAACCGAAAUUACAAAAUAAUAUAAAAAGUAAAAGUGUUGAUAACGAUGAUCAACCUACUAUAGUUGAAAUUUUAGACAACGGAGAGAAGGAUGAAACCGAUAAUAGCUUAGUAGUUGUUGACGUUAAUAAUGUUUUAAUCGCUGAAGUCGAUCCUGACAUUGAAUGGGAAAAUACUGGAGACCUCAAAGAUUUGAAAUUAUUAAAACAAGAAGAUACUGUUAUCCCUGGAGCGUUGUCUGUUACAACGAUACCCCUUAAUGUAGCCCAAUGUGAACAAACUAAAUCUAUGAGCCCUGAGGAAGAAAGAUGCUUACGAAAAUAUCUGCAGAGUUUGAAUUUAUCAUCCAAUCAAGGUGUAGAUCCCAGUUGUAUAGAAAUAAAAACUGAAAUAGAACAGAUUGUUGAACGUGAAAUUAAACAACGCUUAAGGAAAAAAGGAUUCGCUGAAGAUAAUUUUAUUCCUAGACUGGGGCCUCCCAGAUCAUUACAUGUAAUUAAUGAGGAAGUUAGUGGAGAAUCUUCAGCCACUUCGCGUCGUCAUUCAUACUUAAAUGAAAAUAAAAGUGACACUGACGAGUUAGAUGACGAGGUUUUCAAUAGAUCUUGUGACAGUAAAAGUAAACUUAGAACCAAUAAAGACGCUAAAAUAAUUACAAACCUCAUACCACAACAGUGUAUUCGUGUAGACGCCCAGAUUAAAGAUCCUGAAAUUUCUGAAGCAAGAGGAGCUUGGUGUACUAAACAAUUAGAAUCAUUGACAGGGGCAGAAAUUGUUUACUUAACGGAUUCAUCGAGUAGCACUAGUUCUGCAUAUGAUAUUAAUGAUAUUGACGAAUAUAACGACGAAAGCGACGUAUCUGUUCGAAUAAUAACUCCAACAAUUGAAGUUACAGAUACCGAUACGUUUCUCAAAAAUAAUUUUAGGUCAAAAUCUGAAAAGUCUCAUCAAAGCACAAAAGUACACGAAAAGGAUAAAAAUGUUGUGAAAGAAAUUAAAAAUGAGGCUCAAAACGACAUUAUGGAAGGAAAGCGCGAUAAUUCAACUGAUGGCCACGAGAUAGUUGUUUUAUCUACGGAUGUUAUAAACACCGAUUUAUAUGUUAAAGAAAUUGAUAAUAAUGAACAGAAAGAAGUGUCUAAUCCGCUUAUUUUUAUGAAUCAAAAUCAUGCAGAUAAUUCAGAUAAAAAUAAUGAUUUUAACGAAAAUGACUUACCAAAAUCGAAAAAAAAUGUGGAUCAGUAUGAUCUUGAAAUAAAAGUUUUGAAAUGUGAAUUAAAUGAUGCGAUAAAUAAUUUAAUAAAGGAAGUGAUUUCCGAUUCGGAAAGUGUUAAUGACAUGGCAAAUGAGUCAUUAGUUCGUCAGGAUUCAUCUAGUAGUGUAGGUUCUUCUCAAUGCACUGCAAAAUACAACCCAAAAUGUUCUUCUCUGAACGAUAUACCAGGCCAUGAAUCCGAUGAAUUCAGCGCAACAAACAAUGAAUUUAAACAUUUAGAAGAUACAGAAAGUCAUGUAAAAGAUGUAAUUGAAACUAUCAAGGAAAAUUCAUUUAAAGAUGAAUCAAAAACUUUUGAUAUAAAAACGCCAUCUUUGCGUGAUUUAUGUUUAGGAACAAUAUGUAAACUACCUUAUGGCGAACAAAUUUUGGAAGAAUUGGCGAAUGUAUCAGAACGUUUGCAAAAAAUGAGUGAUCUAACAUUGGAUGCUAACAAAUUUCGUGAGGCAACAGAAAAAAUUAGCAAUAAAAAGGAAUUAUAUAAAAAAUUGUCGCCAAAAAUGCCUGUUACAGAUUCAAAAAUUAAAACAGUUCCUCCCCCAGUGCAACCCCGGAAUUCAUCUUUAAGAAUUACUCAUGAUGAAACUCAGAUUAAUUGUACAAAAUCCGUGUCUAACCCAUCACCCAUCAACGUUUGUUUAUCACCGUCUCAUAAAAUGCUUAUGGAAAAAACAAACACAUUAUCAGGAAAAGAGAAAACAGAACACAUGAAAAGUGAACACAAGAUAUCCGUAGAUAUUCGUGAAAAAGACAAAGAUAGCAAAGACAUAAUUAAUGUUCCAUUUAAGUCUCAAACUGGAAGUCGUUUAUUAGCAUUAUUACGACCAUCUUCAAUAAAUGACUCUAAAGAAAAUAUUGCAGGUAACAAGGGUGGUUCAAGUAAUCUAUCGUCUUUUUCCAAUAUAUACGCAAAAAAUGAGAAUAAUACCAUCACCAAAAGCAAUGAUGAAAAUAAAAAGUCAUUUAUUUAUGAUCAUUGUAAUUCAUUCAAGCCCAUACCACCCCCAAAACCAAGAAAAUUUUCAUCAUCAUUUUACGAAUGCAAUCAGUCAUCUAACUUUAUAGAAAGUUCACUAAAAUCUGUUAAAAAUGAGAACAAGUAUUUCCACUACUCAACAGGAAAUUUAAGUAAAGAGAUAGAAGAUGAUAUAUCAUCUAUUCAAAAUAUGCACCGACAUUAUAACGAUAUUUACAAAGAAGCAAGAGACGAAUUUUAUCCACGACGCCCGUCCUUACCUAAAGAUUUGUGUGACCAACAAAUGGAGUAUAUUUUAAGAAAAGAAAAAGAAGUUGAAGCAGAAAUACACAGAUUAGAAAAUGAUCGUCUAAAACCUCCUCCAAGAAGAGGCCCUAGAGCACCGAUGAUAUUAGAUGAAGAAACUCAUGAUAUAUCUGGGCUUAAUUCAAACACACGCAAUGCCAAAUACGUUUAUGAUAAUAUGGUCACAUCAAAAUCUACUCCGAAAAUAGAAAGUGGGAAACUAUUCUCCGUUUUUAGUAAAAGUGAAGAAGAGUUAGUAAGAAAUAAAAUGUAUUCAGAAUAUGUUAAUCAAAUGGCUGAGAGAGAGCAAAGGAAACAACAAAAAAUUAUAAAAAUUACCAAACCGCCACAUGCUCUGAAUAAUAACACAUAUUCCAAAAGUGAGUCUGAACUGAAAUUUUUCGAACAUAAAGUAAAUAAUCGUAUUGAAAAAGAAUUUAUCGAUAGAGCAAAGGAAAGAUGGAAUAAACUUGGUUUUAAAGAUCCUGAAACAGAAGAUGAAAGAGAUAACGAUAAAAAUACAUAUAGGGAACCGAAAGUGAUUGAACAUAAAAUUAAAGUGAUUGACUCCGGCGAAGAAAAAGAUGUAAAAAAACUUCCUAAUCAUUUGCAAGACUUUGUGAACUUUACAGUGAAAGAUAAAAAUGAUAAAAGUAGCAGUCCUGAAACCGUCAUGAUUGCGCCGACGUUCAAAGCGCGCUCUACUUCGCCAGCGGUGUGGAAGCCGGGGGUACCACCGCCGCCUGCGGGCGACAGCGGCGCGAGCGCGGGAAACCCUCCCCCGCCCCCGCCGCCCCCUGUCUGGACCCCCAACAGCGCUUCGGCAUCACCACAGACACAACGCAAAACCUUCCGCCCGGUACACUUUGAGGAGUCACCACCAACCCGCCGAAAAUUUGAAGGACGUAUGAAUAACACAGAACAGAACCGCACAGCAGGUUCGGAAAGCGAAAGCCGGCUGCGGACGUCACAAAGCGCUCCUGCCACCGGAUUGAACCUUCUCGGGACUUCAAGUAGACUGCCCAAAGCUCAAAACCCUACCGUCACACUGUUACAGAAAGCGCGAGAGGGCCAGCUACCUCGAGCGCCAACUUACCAACAGCAAGAGAGAGAUCCUCGUCUACCUCGCGAUAGACCUUCGCCCCCUUCUGGUGAUCCAGUCCACGCAUUACGUCGCGGGUACGUGAGUGAGGGAGAGGGCGAGAGGAGGGCAAGGGACAGCGAGCGUAAAAUGUCGGAUGCGCAAAAGAAAAUAGACGGAAUUGGGCCAAUCACGAAAGACGGCAUGCCUGUCGCUCUACGAUCUGAAGUUAAGGACCCCUCACGGUGGUACAAGAAAAUGUACGACACAAUCCACAAAAAUAAAUACGAUAACGACUAUGUGACAAUUCGAUACAAAAGCCGUAGAGACGAGCCACAAAGAGUGAGCAGUAGUAGAUCCCAGUACGCGUACUUCGAUCCCCGUUCCGGGUACCUCAGUGAGCCGGAGGGUGGCGUCGGUCGGCUCGCUGCGGGCACGUGGAGCGACGCGUAUGACAGCGAUGCGGCAACCGCGCCUCGCCGGAGGACCGCCUCUGUGCAAGAGGAGCGGCGGAAUGAUCUCUACGUUUCGAAUAAUAAGUACAGUACGUUGGCGUCUACGAGAGCUAGUCAAGAAAUACAUAAAGCGCAACCGGGAAAAAUAGAAAACUACACGCCUGGUAAAUCUUCUGUAGUGGACAAAGAAGCAAAACAGUGGUGGGACGAGGUCAUGGACAUUUUUGAUGGGUGGUUAGACGAGAAUACCCCCCUCCCACCUUACUCGACUUUGCUCGCUCGUGCCAUACAGAAGAAUAAAUCUCAAAAUAAAACUAUGGACAGUAAAGCAGUUGGUACAAGUAGCUUUGGCUCGCCAAGAAAGACCAUGUCCCCUAUACAAUACAACACAUAUCGCAGUCGAUACGCAGGGUCUUCAGUGGUGAUUGAAGGUGGAGCAGGUAGAAAAACACCUAUAACAAAUAUAUUAGAUAAAGUUACACCUAUUGAUAAGCUUUGGGGUUCACAAAAAAGAAAUGAAAGAAUAGAUAUAUCCAAAUUAAGAAUUAAAAAUGCAGAAAAAGUAAAAGCCGCUUCAUCAAGGACAGUAACAAACAGUAAACCCACAAUUACUACUACGAAAUCACCCACACCAUUGGGUGUAAUACAUAAAAGUCGCGAUAUGGUCCGCACCUCGGAAAAAAUACAAAAACUCAAAUUUGUGAAUGCUUACGCCCAAUCCACGCCUUGUUUGGUAAAUAAAAAGGACGAUCGGCAAUCCAAAGUAAAAAUAAUUUCGAAUAUUUCCAAAUCAUCAUCGAACAUUUGCUCAAUGAUCAAAAAGUCACCAGCAAAUACAAAAUCCCCAUCAAUGAAUCAUCUCAAAAACAAAAAAUCGCUGGAAACUAUUACUAUAAAACCUAAAAGUGCUAAUUGUGGUCAAUUAAAUAAAAGUAAACAUUAUACACCACAGAAAUCUGUAAAGGAAACUAGAAAAAAGGAUUUAACAAUUUAUAAUGAUAACGAAAUGUAUGAUAGAGUCACAUGUAGUAGCCAAUUUGGAGGUGAUCUAUGUGAUAUAAAGAAGCUAGAAAAUCCUAAAAGUAUAAGCUCUAAAGAAAUUAAAAAUACACACGAUGCCGUCAUGACAAAUUCAUUUUUCCAAAACUUGUUUUGUAGAAAUGUUAAUUUUCCACUAGUCGUAGAUACAAAUGUGAAAAGUAACGUUAAAGAAAAAGCACAAUAUUUUCUAUCACACUCAGAUUAUAAUACGAAUGCUCUACCAAGUGCUUUAAAUACAUAUUUGAUACACCGAAAGCCCGUAUCUCUUUCAAAAUUUAAAAUGUGGGAUAAAACUUCAAGUCCUAUCAGAAGUCAAAGCCCACGGUCUAUAUCUUGGCCAGGUAGGAUGGAUGGAACAAUUCGAAAAUUUGAAAGUUUAGUAAAUUAUAGUGAUCAAUUUGGAUCCACUUCAUCAUUAUCUACAGUAAGAAGUAAAAGUGAACCACCAGCAAACAAAUUAUAUUUUUCUCAAACAUGCCGACCUAAAUCACCUAUUGUUAUAUUUCAUAGAAAAGAUAAUGCUGAAGCUCCAAAAAUCGGACAUUGCACUUCGUUAAGAGAGGCAACCAGUCCACAUAGUAUUAUUUAUACAAAACCACAGAGAAAGGCAUUUUAUGCGCUGAACAAAAAUGUAAAUAAAGGACCAGCACCAUCAGGAGAAAUCAUUCGCCCUCUUUCACCUCAUGGUAAUCAUUUUUUGCGUGAAUGUCUUGCUUCUGAAACAGGUGAUCAAGACCACUCGCAACCAUCUACAAUUUUCUUUUCACAAACUUCAAGACCCGUUUCACCGAAAGUUACGAAACAAUCUAUUAAUAAAAGCAGAAGUCAUUCUACCUCUCCGAUGCCAAUACGAUCACCAUCAUAUAGAAGAAUCCACAGCACUAAAACACAACACAAAAGUAUGUUGGAACCAAGGCCACGUAGUGUUGAUAGUUCUAAUAAGGCAGAUAUAUUACCGCCACUCAAAGCUAAAUCUAAAAGUGACACAAUUGCUCAUUGUAAUGAUCCAGAGUAUGAAGAGUAUAUGUAUGAUAUACAAAAUGCAAAAAAAAGAUCUGAGAGGUUUCGUGAAUUAAAUAGAUAUUACACUUAUCUUGAAAGGGUUGGUGAGCUUGAGAAAUCAACUUCUAUACACGAUUUGCGCCACAGAAAAAAAGACGAAGAAAUUAUUGACUUUGAUAGAUGGAAAAAAAUUCGUGCAAUAGAAAGAGCUGAAGAGGAACUAAACAAUUUAUAUGAAAAGCUUAAAAUUGCUCAGAAUGAAAAGGACUUCUUGUUUUAUCCGAGGGAUGUCAAAGAUUUUCGAUGGAAUUGUGAUAAAGAAAGAGGUCUUAAAGUGAAAGAAAAAUCAGUUGAAGAUCUAAAAGAUGACCUUCUACAGAAAUCUUUUCACGAUUCUCAUGACUCAGACCAAUAUUUAUUGAAAGACGUAUAUAAACCUCUAUGGAGAGGGACAAGUGUUGCAGAAACAGCAUUUAGCAUAAACAAAAAAAAUAAUGAAAAUGAGCCCAUUAAACGUAGCUCAAAUGGUCAACGCAUAAAACAAAGUAAAGAACUAACUAUUGGUGAUCUAAGAAAGAAAAUAGGCAUAGGUAAUAGUCUUUGGAGUAGUUUAUCAUUAGAUCAAGUAAAUGCAUUAAAAGACCAGCUCAAUGCUAUUUAUAGCAAAGAAUUAGAGUCUAAAUCUAAUAAAAAUUUUGACAAAUAUACCGUAGAAGUCAAAGGAGAGAGAAACAACUUUAACUCAAAUUUACAUGUCAGGUGUAACUCGUUAAACAGUACUCAUUCUCCAAAGAUAAAAGAAAUUACCAAAUCAGAAUCAAUCGCUGGAAUUUGUCCCAUUUCAUCGGACAAAGAAAUUAAGAAUAAUGUUAAUAAAAUGCAAAUGGUACUUAGUGAAAAUGAAAAGAAAAUGAUAUCUCAAACAUUGAGUAAAGAAGUUAUAAAAAGAAUCAACAAAGAACCCACCAAUCAACUAAUAAAUAAUGAACCUAAAAAGAAUGAAAGAAAUGAUGAAUCAUUAAUCCAAAUAACAAACAAUAAAGAUACAAAUAAUACCACUUUAAAUAAAUUAGUAGACCAUAAAAGACAUGUUAUAUAUGCAUCAGAAAAGGAAGAGCCUACUCAAUCAUCUGCCAGCGAAACAGAGACAGGUGGUUCUGACAUAUCUAACACAACAGUAAUAUAUAUUGCACCAAAAAAAGAGGUCCAAAAAAAGGUGGAAUAUUUUGAAUCUGUUCAAAAUACGCCUCCUAAAGACAGUGUUUUAAAUAGUACGGAAAACAAAGCAUCUCAAACGAAUAAAACUUUGCCAGAAAUAAAUAAAGAACAAUUACCACAUUCACAAUCAUGUACAAACAUUAAGGAACUUUUUGGCGAAAGCGAGAAAAAUAAGUUUUUAUCUUUGCCUUUAAAACCUGACCUACAUUCAAGAUCACCUUCGCCUUACUCCGAGUUAUACAUAAACGAUCGACGUACGCCUGACACGCUAUGUUGCUCUAGUGACGAGACAAUCUGGCGAAGUCGAAGCCCGUCGCCCGAUCCGGAACGAUAUUGGCGAGCUUACUUUAAACUGGCGCGUGUUGGGGAAGUUCGCCGUCUAGCACGACGUUUUGAUUCACCCUCCACGGUUGGAGGAUUAAGGCGACAUCGUAGUGACCCAGAAAUAACUAGCAAUGAUUUUAAAAACUGCCUUUGCACAGAAAAAUUUGGGAAACAAAGCGAAGCAUGUAAAGCAUCACUUACAGUAGCGCGAGUACCUCUUAGGUCUAAAAACCGCUUUAUGCCUCAUAUUGACAUUAUAUCAAAAUUAGCCGCCCUACGUAGGCGUACUACUCCACGUUCUCGAUCAGCUGAAGAAGCGUUUGAAUGUCGGCCUGGAGAAGUAGAAAGAAUUCGGAAAAGAUUUGAAGUUAUGUCAAUUCUAGGUCAAAUAUACAAUUCUGCCCCUGAUGUGAGUGAACUAAAAGAUAUAGCACCAUACUUAGAAGGUUCUUGGAUAGCACAUCAAUAUCCAAAACCAAGUGAUAACAAUAGAUCUAUUACGGACCCGAAAACUUACGUUGAAGGUAGAUUAUCGCCUAUAAAAAAGAAAAUAAAAAAAUCAGUUGUCAAGGAGCCGCUGAAACUAAAUUCUAUUUUAAAAAGUGAUACAAAUGAGGGUCAGCAGUUUGACCCAUCAGUUCACCGACCGAUCAGCCGCUAUGAGCCACCUCGUGCCCCACCCCGCCCACCACCAGCUGAGUGGCCCUACAAACUAGCAUCGUUUGUCACACCACGAAACACAGUCACCUUUAAAGAAAACGAUUCUGCCCCGGAACCACCGCGACGAAUGCAACAUAGCAGCAUCUCCGAUUCAGAAUCUCCGAGCCGCCGCUACGUGGAGAGUGACGUGAACAUCCACUACCGAUGUCCCGUCCGGCACGACCCCUUGCCCCUCGUGCCGGAACGCGAGCUGGCGAGACAGCAGGCGGAGCAUAUGAAACAGCUGUAUAGGGAACAGAGACGGAACAAAUAUCUACAGGAGAAUGACUAUCACGACAUCGACAUACAAGCGUUCGAUGCAUCUAUUAAGGAACUGCAAGACAUGCAGAGUAGACGUCAUCAAGACAACUUCAUGCCUUCACAGAAAACGGUCGUGCCUCUGAAUCGCUACGAUGAGACAGAUAGGGUUAUUGCUAGAGCAUUAUACACAUUCAAUGGUCAGACGUCAAGAGAAUUGAGCUUCAGAAAAGGUGAUAUUAUACAUGUGAGACGUCAGAUAGAUAACAAUUGGUACGAAGGCGAAAUCCAUGGACGGGUUGGAUUGUUCCCAUAUAAUUAUGUCGAGCUAUUAAAAGGCGACGUAGCCCAAUCACCGAAAAAGCCCUUGAUCCUCGAAGGUCGAGCUCGAGCGAAAUUCGAUUUCACAGCGCAAACUAACCUCGAAUUACCGCUAAAGAAAGGAGAAUUAGUGGUUCUUACUAGGCGCAUAGAUCACAAUUGGUGGGAGGGUAGAAUUGGAAAUAAAACGGGUAUAUUCCCCGAUAGUUACGUAACUAUACUACAGGAGCCUAGUCAAAGUAAGCCUGAACCGCAGCCGAUUCUAUCGACAGCGAAGCCGGUAGCAUCGCCCGCGGCGCACGGGCUUGUGAACGGCGACAAGCGCAGCCUCGGCGCGCACAGCUACACGCCGCAGCCGAACAGCCCCGCGCUCGGCAACGCGCCGCCCGCCACGCAGCCGUUGCUAGGUUAUCCAACAAAACGUCCGCAAUCAGUAACUCCCGGUGAGCGAGGCUACAGCUCCGGAGUUGACCUCAACAACACCGAGCCGCUCUACGUCGAUACAAAUGCUGAAGCUAUCCCAUACCGCGCGAUGUACAAGUACCGUCCGCAGAACCCGGACGAGCUGGAGCUGAACGAGGGCGACACGGUGUAUGUGCUGGAGAAGUGCGACGACGGCUGGUACGUCGGCUCCAGCCAGCGCACCGGCCGCUUCGGGACCUUCCCCGGUAAUUACGUGGAGCGCAUUUGAUAGCGCCAGACGUCGCUGCUGCGGCGGCUCCGGCGCGCUACGCUCUGUACGCGGAAACGUUAACACGCACACACCUACACUCCGAUAACACACCGACAUCACACAUAUACAGAUUUAUCACACUCCGACUCAAACUGAAACAUGCACUCACACUACUGUUCAUACAAUUAAAAUCGAUAACAUGUCAAACUUACGAGAUUUAUACCGUUGAGUGUUCAAUCAAAACAGACUGAAGAUAAAUUUAUAUUAAAAUAUCCAGACGUUGAUUUCUCGAUGUAAUGAUAGUUUUCAUGACGUGUGUUGUGGUGGCAGUUAUAUGGAAUGACGAUUAUAAUUAGCAAGCUUUGUUACCAAAUAAAACCAUGACUCGAUUAAGAUGCCACAGUUCUUCUCUCUUUUAAUUUAUUUUAAUUUAGUUUUAAUUCGUUAACACGAGUAUCUAUACAUUGGAUUAACAUACCUUCGGCACAAAAGUAGCAUUAUUUUAUGAUUGACUCACUAAUAAAUCGAUAUAACUUUACCAUAUCAUUGUGUUCUGUGUCAACUCCUAAACCAUCUAUGUAUCCAAAGUUGUUAAAUAUUUCCCAAAGAGUUUGUUUAUUGAAAAUAUGUUAACUAUAUUGUAUAAUUGUAUAAAAUAAUGAGAGACAUUAUAUGUGUGUAAAGUUGUUUUAGAUGUAGUUAUUUAUUUAUAAUUAUGUGGAGGAAAUGAGCUCAUCUUUUAAAUUGUUUUUUAAAAGAUUGAAGCUGAAGUGUGUACUAAAUCUUAUACUAACUUAUUUACUGAAAUUAAAUUAUUUUAUACACUAUAUACACGUAAACAGACAUUGGGGUACCUAUUGAAUAGGCUUCUCCGAACACAGAUGAAUUAGUAUAAUAACAACUUAAACAAAAGUCGAACUUUGCUUAAAAAUUCAUGUACAUCUUGUCAAAGUUUGUACAUUUUGUAAAUUGGUGAAUAUCAUUGAACACCAAAAUUCAUAUCAUUUGGCGUGACGUUAAUAAUAUAAGAGCAACUUUCAAAAAUUAGUCAGUUGAUAUAUUGAUAAGAAAUGCUUUAAAAUACAUACAUUAUUGCAGAUAUUAAUGUUAAAAACUGAAUGGUUGCGCCAAAUAUGAUUUAUUUCUUUUUAUUCGAAUGCGUAUCGGUAUAUCAAUAUAAUACUCACACCGAUAAAUAUAAAUUAGUAAUAGGGCGAGUAAUUUGGAAACGUUUGACAAUACAUUUAUAUAAUAUUAUGAAUUAUAAUUAAUGUUAGUACUAUAGGCGUAUCAAAUCAUAAAAUGUAACGCUAUGUAUUUUGUAUAUGUAACAGGAUUUCGUACGACGCUUUAGUUGUGAUUUUAUACCUCAGACCAAUAUUUUGUUCUGAGUAUAAUAUCUACUUAUUAUCUAGUCAAAAAUGUUGUAAUAUUUUUGCAUCUGUGUCUAAAAUUUAUUCAUUUUAUUACAUAAAAUAUAUAUACAAGCAUAAUAUAUUGUAAUUGUAAUAAGAAAGAUAUUGUAUCAAUCCUUGUUGGGAAAAAUAUUAUAUUCUAUAGUAUGUUGGGAUAAUCUCAAUUGCAAACCGAAGUUUAAUGUACAAUGUAACCGUGAGUGUAUCGUAAUGAUUGUUAGAUCCCCAUACCAAAGCACUACCUUUCUCGCCCUAUGUAGACGCUUGUAAAAGCUUUCUCUUAAUUAGUUUUAACCUAAUAGUUGUUGUUCCGAUGUUAAUUUAUUUUUAGUAGCACAAAUGUUUUAUUUGUUGUUGACACCUCUGUAUAUCGUAAUAUUAACGGCUAUUGUUUCAUAAACGACACACCUAAUAAAUAUAAUCUUUCUAU